AUUUCAGUUUUUGGUCCUCACUUCUUACUUGUAGUUCGUUAGUAUAAAGAACGCUCUAGAAUUUCUCUUCCCUCCCUAAGAGACGUUUCUCCCGCUCAUCUCAUUCCAUUCCCACACAGCUUUCCUUCUUCGACUUGAUUCAUGGCGAUGGCGUCUACGUUCUUCACAGUUCCAAAGCCCUUUAUCAACACCCCUAAUACUUCACCUUCUGUAUCUACACGGCGACUAAUAACCGGAGGAUUGCGAAGUAGCAAUUUGAAAGUCAGCGCAAUUUCUAAGAAAUGGGAGCCUGCGAAGGUGGUUCCUCAAGCUGAUAGAGUUCUUGUCCGUCUUGAGGAGCUUCCCGAGAAAUCAGUUGGUGGAGUUUUGCUGCCUAAAUCAGCUGUCAAAUUUGAGCGAUAUCUUGUGGGAGUGAUUCUAUCCGUUGGAACAGAGGUUGGAGGAAAUGAUAUUGCACCCGGAAAAAAGGUUCUUUUGUCCGACAUAAAUGCUUAUGAGGUGGAUUUAGGCACAGAUGCUAAGCACUGCUUCUGCAAAGCUGGUGAUCUGUUAGCUAUUGUUGAGUAGAGAAGCUUUCUCCAAUACUACAUUGCCAGAUCCUCAGAUUAGUUCUCUUUCCUGAUUGUCAUUUGCUUGUUCCUUCUCCAAUAUUUGAUAUUCAUUUUUGUUUUUAUUGACCUCUUAGAAAGAAUACCUUAAAUUGUUUUUUUUUUUUUUUUUUAAAUCACUCAAACCUUCCAAGAAAAACAAGAAUGAAAUAGUUGUGCAAUUAAUUUUUCUUUCCCAUCCUAGAAAACAUAAAAUCUUGUUGUUGUAUACAGAUUUGCACAUUUCUAAAAAACUUAUUUGAAUUUUAAACCAA